UCACCGGCGACGAACAAGAAAUGAAAGGAAAAGAAUAUUCUACGUGCGGCGGGGCCCACGUGCAUCGGCUUUCCAACUACCGGCGGGUGACCGCGAAUUCCUGUUGGAUCCGCCUAUUGGUUUCCUGAAUUCUGACGAACGGAUAAUGCAGAUGAUCCCUCUUUCCUAUUUAAUCCUUCCCGCUUAAAUUCUUACUUCUGUCCGAUCUCCGGGUUUUACCUUGUUUUUCCAUCUGAUUUUUAGAAAAAUCCGGCGAGGCAAUGGCGUCCUCAACCCGGUGGUCUACCGCGUUCAUGAGCGGAGAGAGAGCCGUGGUUUUGCUCUUCAUCUCUCGCGUCCUCUGUUCCCUCCCUCUGUCUCUCCUCCCCCACGGCCUUUCGCUCUCCCUUCUCUCCCUCUUUGCUCUUUUCAUUGAGAUCCGUGCCGACAAUUCGCCUCUCCUCUCCCCUUUCAAGACCAGGCCUGGUGCUUCUUCAGGAAUAAUGUUAGGAGCUGUUACGCUGCCAACGGUUAUGCUCUCCAAGUUGAUACAGCUUUCUAGAGCAUUUUCCUUGCAACAAAUUGAUAUUGAAGAGCUUGAGCAUAUGACAAUGCAAUAUUGGGCCACAUCAGCCAGUUGUUGUGCUGUGCUUGUGUUCCUCUGCCUAGUUAUGUGGUUCCCACGCAACAAUGCACAUCCCCCUUGUUUCUAUAGUGCCUGGGAUGCAAAGUUUAGCAUAAUUUGCAUGGUUUUAUAUGGAGCAAUAUGCUGUGUAUCCCUUGCUACAAUAUCUCAAACCAGCUUAAACACAGCAUUGAAGUCCUUGUGGUUGCUAUGCCAUGGAUUUGCAGCAGUGAAAUUAAUUCAGCAUCUUCUUAAUACCUUUCCGUCUUGUGCUUCAAUGGGGGAAGCCCUUUUGGCAACUUCAGGCCUUGUUCUUUAUUUUGGUGACAUGUUGGCAUGUACCAUUGCAAAGUUCUUUGGGCUCUUGAUCUCAACGGACUUUGUUUCCAUACAAUAUGGAAUCAAAAGAAGCGAAAUAAGUAUUUUUAUUCAGGGUCUGCUACUUGGCCUUCUUAUGCUUCCUGUAGUCUUUAAAGCCAUUCUUCGCAUCUGGGAAUACUCCUUUGGAACUGGUCGCUCUGAAGCAAGAAAGCAUAGAGAGAUUGGGAAAUCUGUUAUAUUCUUUGCUUCCCUUGGAUUUAUCAUGACGGUGGUUGCCCCAUCAUGGAUGAAAUUUGUUCAAGAUUUUAAUGUUCAUCCCUUGUUAUGGGUCUUUAAAUUUGUUCUAUCAGAACCAUUUAAAAGGCUCUCAUUGUGUAUCUAUUGGGUGGCCGUGAUAUGUGCUUCUGUUGUGAGGUUCUACAGCAUUUCUAAGAAUAGUAAAAUUGAGCGGAUUCUUCUUCGAAAAUACUACCAUCUGAUGGCUGUUUCAAUCUUUUUGCCUGCUCUUAUUUACCAGCCAGAAUUUCUUGAUCUUGCAUUUGGUGCGGCUCUGGCAGUUUUCUUGGUCUUAGAAAUUAUUCGAGUAUGGAGAAUUUGGCCUUUGGGACAACUUGUAGAUCAAUUUAUGAAUGCUUUCACUGACCAUCGUGACUCAGAUCUUCUUAUUGUUAGUCACUUUUCACUCUUAUUGGGUUGUGCACUUCCUAUCUGGAUGUCUUCUGGAUUCAAUGAUCGACCCCUUGUCCCUUUUGCUGGAAUUCUUAGCCUUGGAAUUGGGGAUACAAUGGCAUCAAUGGUUGGCCACAAGUAUGGUGUCCUCAGAUGGAGCAAAACUGGCAAGAAAACAAUUGAAGGUACUGCAGCUGGUAUAACAUCUGUCCUGGCUGCCUGCUCUGUUUUGCUUCCUCUUUUAGCAUCCAGUGGAUAUAUUUUCACCCAGCACUGGUUCUCUCUCCUCAUAGCUGUAACUACAACUGGUUUGUUGGAGGCCUACACAGCACAACUUGACAAUGCAUUUAUACCACUUGUCUUCUACAGUCUUCUCUGUUUAUAGACGCACACUUAGAUAUAUCAUGGCGAGGUAUACAUCUCUUAGUCAUAAAUUUUAACAGAAAAAGUUCCUUCUUAUAUUGUGCUUUCUUCUUUUCCUUGUGGAUAUAGCCGAUCAGUUAGAGAACACUAACAGAAUGUUGUAAACUACCAUUCCUCUUUGACAGAAAAUCUAGAAUUAGGUGUAGGAUCAGCUUUUAUCUUCGUAAAUUUUUCCUCUUUAUAAUGUACAUGGAAAGGGAAUUUGAUAGUCAUAGCAUAGCGGCAAUCAACGUUGAAAAUUUGAGGGUAAGAAAAUAGUGUGAUGUUUUUUUUAUUUAUGAUGUAUCUCUUCUAGUUUCAGUGUGAAAAUGUGCUGGCCUGUGUGACCAUUUUGCACCUGAAACAAUGGCUGUCUUCCACCGUGGCCAUACAUUGCUUAGUGGAAACAGCAACGUGUAACCACAUCACGAUGCAUGUAACUUUUCUCAUACUCGUAUAUUAUACUAAAGUCAAAGACUCUUU